AGGACCCGCUACGGGGAGAUCUGGGCUCGGGGAUCUGUGGGGCCCAGAGGGAUUCUGUAGGGCCUGGGGGGUGAAGCUCAGGAUCUCUGGGCCCAGAACAGAGUGUGUGCAUGGGGAGGUCUCUGCAGGGGCAGAAGUUCAUCCUGGGCCCCCCAGGGGCUCCUGCUCCCCUACCCACUCCCCCUGUCCUGAAUGUGUCUCUGCAGCGCCUGGCACAGCCCAGCAUGGUGCAGAUCGUCAUCUCCAGCGGUGGCACAGGAUCCCUGGCACAGUGGGUGCUGGUGGAGCUGCAGGGUGAGGUGCAGCCCCGGCAGAGUGGGGACCUGGCUGGGAGCCUGCUGGGAGACCUGCACUACACCUGUGAGGGCCUCCCCGUGCUCAUCGUGGGUCACCACAUCCUCUACGGGAAGGUGGUGCAGCUGGAGAAGCCGUUUGCUGUGCUGGUGAAGCAGGGAGGAGCUGCCCAGCCCAGCCCCGAGGGCCCCCACGGCCACUACACCGUUACUGCCCUCAUCAAAACCAAGCUGCUCUUCAAAACCCGCCCCAAGCCCAUCAUCACCCACGUGCCCAAGAAGGUCUGAGAGGAAGGAUGUGGGCUAUGAACUGUGCUCUGCUGCUGCAAAGAGCAGCAGGGACUUGGGGAGACCUCAUCCCUGUCCUGCACAGGGGACCUUUGGGCUGCUGGGUCCUAUGUCUUGGCACCCAGAACCCUUCCUGGGUCGCCUAUCCCCCCCAAAAAUGAUUCUUUUUAGAGAGAAACUAAGCUCUUAGCCACAGAGCCUGUGGAUCACCCCAGGGACACAGCUCCUGGUGGACAGGGACUUCCUGUGAGCCUGGGCAGGAGUGUCCCAGCACAGGGGCUGCUCGCAGUGUCCAGCAGGUCCCAGGGAUCCAUGGAGGUGCCAAUGUGGAAAUGUCUCCUUGUGCUGUAGGGACACCAGUGCCACGCAGGGACUCAGGACCAACCUCCCUCAAGUCGGGCAGGGGGACCAGGGACCCUCCCCAAAACACACUGAGUGUCCUCACUUCAAGUCUUUAUUUCCACAACUCCAUCAGGAUAUAAAAACCAGCUUUUUCCGCCCGAAAUAUGGAAAAAAGUCACCCUGGCAGGUUCAAAAAUAAAUAGAUUUACAAACCA